GUAGUUGUUGGCAGGGAAGCGACUGUCAACUAUCGUUGCCUUGUCGUCCAGCUAGCUACUUAGCUGCUUAGCUCAUUGAACCACAAUCCAACCGCUGAAGAGGGGGUCAGGAUCUACAGGAGGCACCAUGUUGGUCCCUAUAUUCACACUGAAGCUGAACCACAAGAUUAAUCCUCGCAUGGUGACUGUUGGGAAAUUUGAUGGAGUCCACCCAUGCCUUACUGCAGCCACACAGGCUGGAAAGGUUUUUAUCCAUAACCCUCAUGCUCGUGGUCAAAGACCUGUGGCCCACCGCCUGAGCCAGAGCACACUAGACUCUGACAUCUCACUCCUCAACAUCAACCAGGCAGUCACUUGUCUGACGGCAGGAACGCUAGGACCAAACACCACUGGGGACACGCUGUUGGUGGGAUCCCAGACCAACCUGCUGGCCUAUGAUGUCCAUGACAACGCUGAUAUUUUCUACAGAGAGGUGACAGAUGGGGCCAAUGCUAUUGUGUUGGGGAAACUUGGGGACAUCCCAAGACCUCUUGCCAUCAUUGGAGGGAACUGCGCUUUACAAGGCUUUGACUAUGCUGGCAAUGACCACUUUUGGACGGUGACUGGCGAUAAUGUCAGAUCUGUGGUACUAUGUGACUUCACUGGGGAUGGAAAAAAUGAGCUUCUAGUCGGAUCAGAGGACUUUGACAUCAGAGUAUUCAAAGAGGACGAGCUUGUGUCUGAGAUGACUGAGAACGAGACAGUAACGGCGCUGUGCCAUAUGCAUGGCAGCAGGUUCGGCUACGCCCUGGCCAAUGGCACUGUGGGAGUUUACGACCGCACCGCCCGCUACUGGAGAAUUAAGUCUAAGAAUCAUGCAAUGAGCAUCCAUGCCUUUGACCUGAAUGCUGACGGGGUGGUGGAGCUCAUCACUGGCUGGUCCAAUGGAAAGAUUGAUGCUCGUAGUGACCGCACAGGCGAGGUCAUUUUUAAAGACAACUUUUCCUCUUCAGUGGCCGGAGUGGUGGAGGGAGACUACAGGUUGGAUGGACAGCAACAACUUAUCUGCACCUCCACAGAGGGAGAAGUCCGUGGUUACCUGCCAGCCAGUAAAGACCUUAAAGGGAAUCUCAUGGACUCCGGUGCUGAACAGGACCUCAUUAGAGAGCUCAGCCAACGCAGACAGAAUCUGUUGCUGGAGUUACGCAACUAUGACGAGAAUGCUAAGGGUGUGUCGGAGACCAACAGUGGGAUGGGUGUCAUACCAGCCAACACUCAGCUCCAGACAGCGCUGUCAGUGAGACCUGCUAUGGAGGCUCAGAAAGCUCAUGUAGAGCUCAGCAUUUCAACACCAAAUGAAACCAUCAUUCGUGCAGUGCUAAUCUUCGCGGAGGGGAUAUUUGAGGGGGAGAGUCACGUUGUCCACCCCAGCGCUCAGAACCUGUCAGGCUGUGUCCGAGUCCCCAUUGUCCCCCCAAAAGAUAUACCAGUAGAUCUGCACAUCAAAGCCUUUGUUGGAGGGAAAACUAGCACCCAAUUCCAUGUGUUUGAAAUCACUCGUCAGCUACCUCGUUUUUCCAUGUAUGACAUCACAGUUGACUCCUUAGAUGCUCCGCCCACUGGAAGGGUCACCUUCAGCAUCAACGACCGACCACAGAGGGUGGUGAUGUGGCUGAAUCAGAACUUCUUGCUUCCAGAAGGAGUAGACAGCCCGGACAUCACUUUUAAUUCUCUAAGAGGAGGGGGACUGUUGUCUAUCAGCAUGGCCAACAAUGGACAAAUCACUCUGAGUACCGAUGACAUUGACCUGGCAGGAGAUCUGGUCCAAUCACUUGCGUCCUUCCUGGCAAUAGAGGACUUGUCAGCAGAAGCAGACUUCCCCGGAUACUUUGAGGAGCUACACACUACACUCACUGAGGUGGAUGAGUUCCACUCUGUCCAUCAGAAGUUAACUGCAGCCAUGGCCGACCACUCCAACUACAUCAGGAACAUGCUGGUGCAAGCAGAGGAUGCUCGCCUUAUGGGCAUCAUGACAACGAUGAAGAAGCGCUACAGAGAGCUGUACGACCUUAAUAGGGAUCUGAUCAACGAGUAUAAAAUCCGCUCUAACAACCACAAUGCAUUACUUGCCUGCCUCAAAUCUGUCAACCAGGCCAUACAGCGAGCUGGUAGACUCAGAGUUGGCAAGCCCAAGAACCAAGUGAUCUCUGCCUGCCGAGACGCCAUCAAGAGCAAUAACAUCAACACACUCUUCAGGAUCAUGAAAGCUGGCACUGCAUCCUCCUGAGGGUGGAAAGGGUGGUAGUGAAGUAAUGACCGAAGAGAUUGAAAGUACAAGCACAACGCACAGCUAAUCAGCACUGUAGUGUUGAACUUUAUCUAUUUCAAGAAUGGCACCAGCAAAGACUUUCCCCCGGGAUCAUUAGACGAGAACAAAACAAGGAUAUGAAACGGGACGCUGUUAUAGCCUUAAUCAAUCUUUUUUGCCUGGCAGCAACAGUUGGUACUAGCUCCAUAAUACCAUUUUACUGUAUGUGAAGACUUGAAAUACUACUAGGUCACAGAGAUAAAAUGCUGACUCCAGGCUUAGUGCGCUUGGAACAGCCUGAUUUAGUGCAGUUAAAGCUUAGCAAGAUGAUUGUCUAAGUUAGUGCAGUGAGAGUUCAGCUGGAUCCAAAGAGGUCGUGGAGUUCUUCCCUCAAAUCUUUUCUCAAAAGUAUUGGAACAGAGAUAUUCUGAGUACAAUGAUGCUUCAGAGAAAUUAGUUGUAAUGCAUUGAUCUGACUGCUGUCUAAAAC